CACACACACCACACACACACACACACACACACACACACACAUACACACACAUACAUUACCAUGCUAGCAGUCACUAAGUUGGUGGGAGAAGAGUCAGUCAGAAGGCAGCGUCCGCCCUCACCGCACGCACGCACGCGCGCAACGCUCCUCACUCAAUAGCGUACACGCCCAGCCAGGCGGGUGAACGAGCUCGUCUAGAAGAGUAACGAUCGUUAGACGCCAACCACCUCUCGGCUGUGGUUUUUCGAGUCGCUUGCUAAACGAUAGCGACUGGACCCGACGGUGUUGAAGUGGGUGUUUAGCCUUCAGUGGGGAGCUGACUGGAGCUGUGGGCGGCCGGCGGGAUGGACGACUUGCUUGGUUGACAGGCAGCCAGUCCCCGACAGGACCUGGGAUACGAGGACAAGGACCUGGAAUACGAGGACAAGGAACUAGGUCACAAGAACGGUGUGAAGGAACUGGAUACCUGGACAAAAGAUCAGUGUAUACAUAUAUACAUAUACACAGUAAAUACAUAUACACGUUAGGCUUGUAUCGAGAGUCCAAGAGAUAAUAGCUCGAUUCUGCAGACACAAAUAGUAAAUACACACACACACACACACACACACACACACACACACACACACACACACACACACACACACACACACAGAUGUGGAUAUCCGGUGUGUUGUGUAUACUGCUGCUCCCUCACUCGUCCGCAAUACACUCGCUCGUCCGCAACUCACUCGUCCGCACGUUACCUGGCUGCGUGUUCUUCCUCUCGACCAUCUCCUCUCGUGUGCAUCUCUGCCAAAUCAGCAGACACCAUGCGUAGCGUCAUAGGCACCAUCCUCACCAUCACCACCUCCCUCCAGGUCCUACAGCCAGCAAGAGCUGUGGACAGCUGGGGAGAGGAGUUCUGCCGCGCCUCACUCUGUGGAAUCAUGCCCCCUGCCCGCUGGAAGGGCUGUUGUGUGACCUACCGCCGCUGCUGCGCCUACGUCGAGUAUGUCAGCCCCCAGGGUCCGUUCUCCUUCGAGGAACCACUGUCAAAUACUCAAGAGCUGUUCUUAGUGCCGAUAAAACCUCCAGAGGCGUCACAAAAGCCUUCAGCAGUAGCAAGAAAUCCCCCAUCAAGGUCUUUGCCGCUCCAGGAAGCCUCGACAUCACGCAUUCAGGCGGACCAGCCCCAACCCGGAGCUCUCCCAAGGCCCCAAGCCAGGCCCCAAGCCAGGCCCCAAGCCAGGCCCACAGCCAGGCCCCAAGCCAGGCCCCAAGCCAGGCCCCAAGCCAGGCCCCAAGCCAGGCCCCAAGCCAGGCCCCAAGCCAGGCCCCAAGCCAGGCGCCCGCCGCCCAUUAGCUACUCACUGGUCAAGCCUCGACCACCGUCCGGCGCUUCUAAACAACCUCCGAGGACCUACAAUGACGUCAUCAGGAAGGUGGACGCGAUGCACUGCAAGGCCAAGUACUGCAGUCUGCUGGGAGCUGACAAGCAGAGGCGCUGCUGCGACGUGUACAGCCAGUGCUGCGCCUACGCCAACCUCCCUCACAGCAACAAUCCCUUCUACUUCGAGAAGAACCCUGUGAACUACUAGCCAGACCAAUGGAAUGAUUGACACUCCAGACAUCAGACGUCAAUCAUCCGUCAGUCAUCUGUCAGCCCGUAAACCUGUCAGCCAAUCGCUGUUAAACGUCAAGCUUAAUGCCGAACUUUCUGAUCAACCAAAUCGGCUCCAAUUCAUGGAUUCUCCUCUCGAACACCAGAUGAAGAAGAUCACCAGAUGAUCCUACACAUACGCCGGCUCGAUGAGCAUUUAAAUGUGUUUUUUAACUAUACUGGCGAUAUAGAUCUACUCAACCUCUGCUAGUCUCAGUGCGCUCUCUCUCCUUCUCUCUCUCUCUCUCUCUCAAUUACGUAUAUUAUCAUCACCUCAAAAACCCAUAAUUUAAGAGUGUAUCAAGCGGCAUCGCAUAGAAACUCCCUCAUAACGAAUAUUGUCAAAAUGUAGAGAAGUUGAAGAAAUAUAUUGAAAAGUUGCGGUCUUGUGCUCCAAGCUGCUCAAAACUGCGUCCCGGUGUUAAGCAGUUGCCUGACUUCCAUUUUAAUACACCCAGCUGUUGUACCAUUAGUUUGAAAACAUUGCGAGCUUUCAGCAGUCAGAUCCCCGCAUAUGGGAAGGCAAGUGCUCGUUUUCAUCAAAUCCUCGCCAGCCAAAUUUGGUGAAAUGAGACAGUUUUACCGAGAAAGCUUUCGUAACUUUGAGAAAUUGUAAGUUUCGCCUAAACUAUUUUUGUAAAAAGCAUGUAUGAGUAUAUUAUAUAUACAUUAUAUUUUAUAUUAUAAAGUAGUAGUGUGAGUGAAGAAAGAUGAACAUUCUAUACCUGCAAGAUCUUCAGUGCUUAUUUUCCUAUAGGAAAAUAGAGCUAUAUUGAAGGCUAUUUUGCUAGAUAAGGCAUUUCAAUCCGCCUCCUGGUUCUAUUACUCUUUCCCCACUUCUCCUUUCUUCCCCUUCCUCCCUCGCUCCCUCUCUAUCUCCCUCCUUCAUUCCCUGUAUCCUUCCCUCUCCUCUAUAUGAUUGCUGUGAUUGAUCAUAAGUGAUAUUUCAUUAUUCCUGUACCUACUUUUAGUAAUUUCCACUGGUGAAAUGAGUUUCUAUUAGUUGCAGUACAGGUACUCCUCAAGGCUGGAGGAGCACGUACAGUACCCCUCCAGCCUGGAGGAGCACGUGCAGGUACCCCUCCAGCCUGGAGGAGCACGUGCAGGUACCCCUCCAGCCUGGAGGAGCACGUGCAGGUACCCCUCCAGCCUGGAGGAGCACGUGCAGGUACCCCUCCAGCCUGGAGGAGCACGUGCAGGUACCCCUCCAGCCUGGAGGAGCACGUACAGGUACCCCUCCAGCCCGGAGGAGCACGUACAGUACCCCUCCAGCCUGGAGGAGCACGUGCAGGUACCCGUCCAGCCCGGAGGAGCACGUACAGUACCCCUCCAGCCUGGAGGAGCACGUGCAGGUACUCCUAAAGCCUGGAGGAGCACGUACAGGUACCCCUCCAGCCCGGAGGAGCACGUACAGGUACCCCUCCAGCCCGGAGGAGCACGUACAGUACCCCUCCAGCCUGGAGGAGCACGUACAGGUACCCCUCCAGGUUGGAGGACAAGUACAGGGACUUCUUUUGUAGUACAAACCAAUAAUUUUACCAAUAAUUUGAAAACUGUUGUGAUUACUUCAAUCAUUAUUACAAAUAUUAAGACAUUGACGUUCAAUUCAAGACAUACUUAUUGCAACUAUUUUUUUUUACUGUAAGCCUAAACACAUGCUUACAUGUGUUUAAAUUAUAAUUGUAUUACCACUCUCUCUCUCUAUGUAUUACUUCAACUUUAUUGCUGCCAGGAUCUAGGAUAUAUAUUUUUUCUUUAAGAAAAAUGGUUUAAAGUGCUUAAUAAAGUCAUACAUAUUUUAGGUAUAAGUCUUAACUAAAGUACAAAAUAUAUAUUACAUUUGAGCUUU